AUGAAUAAAAUAAAUAUUUCAGCUACAUCAGUCAACUUUAAAAAGCUAAAGAUUACUAGCAACUAAAAUAAUAAACUUGAUUCAUCAUUACAUCUCAAUCAAAAUAAUAAUAUUACAUAAAGAAAAGAUGAUAAAAAAUAAUAAUCUUAAAUCUUUUAAUCAUACACAGAAAGAACAAAGACCAGUUCUAUAAAUAAAGAUAAAAUUUCAUUAAAAUAAAAGUAAUAAUAACUAAAUUUUAUUUUAGUUUAGCUCUCAUACUAAAGUGA